AUGGAAAUUUCUCAUAUUUAUUCCAGCAAUAGUAUCUUCCCUUUAACUCAUUUUUUCCCUUAUAAUUAUUUAAUCCUUCAAAAUCAAAACUAUGUUCACUGGACUCAAACCCCUGAAUCCCACAUUUAUUCAGCUGAAAUCCCAGGUGUACGGAAAGAGGAUUUAAGAGUGGAGGUCGAGGACUCGAUAUACCUCAUCAUGAGAACCGAGGCGGAGGCGGCGGCGGCGGCGGCGGAGUCCGGCCGGAGCUUUAAUCGGAAAUUCCGGCUGCCGCGUCGGGUGGACGUCGCGGGGAUCUCCGCCGAGUACGUGGCCGGAGUCCUGACGGUCACGGUGCCGAGAUCUAUCGUGAGGAGGGGAUUGCUCAUCGACCCUGCUGAUGUGUCGGAGAGCUUGCAGCUUCCUGCAAGGGCUGCUUGA